GACCCUUUUCUCGGCCAGAAUCUGGUUCAAUGUCGAAUUUGUCAAUAUCUAAAUAUCUUGCAAAUACACCGAUACAUCCAUCCUUCAUACAUACUUUGAUUCCCCUCCUCAGGUACCAUCAAUCCAUCCAUCCAUCCAUUCAUACCUGCGAGACAUCCUCAUAAAUCUCCGUGCCAAUGUUGUGCCUAGCAAAAAUUUGCUGAUUUCGCCAUCCUUACUCCCUACACCGUUCGUUGUUCGUUGUUCGUCGAAGCAAAAACAUUUUAUAUCCAAUAGGCAUAUAAUACCAUACUAUACCGUCUUGCUUGUGUACCCACACUAAAAUUUCCAAACCCCAUCCGUUGUUGCAUAUGCAAAAAGCCUGUCAGCUCCAAAAUUACCCGCAACAGAAUAAUCCUAUCCCAAACCACCAGAUGUUCACCGUUCAACUGUUUUGCCCGUCGUUUUAAUAUCCACCACACUGCGAACAUUAUCCCAUAGGCUCAAAUGCCCUAUUGAUUUGAGUGCUAUUGGGGUCCCGGAAGUUCCAUGGCGGGUUCGAAUGAUAUCCAUAAAGUAAGGCGCAGGCCAAAGUUUACCAGUGGCGAAUUAGAAGAUGAAAAGGUUGAUAAAUCACGAUCGGGUCGCCAUGAAGGGGAAGGCGUCACAUCACUUGAGCCUGAUAUCUCUGAAGUGCGUAGAAAGCGUCUAGAAAAACUUGAAGGGAAUUCGACAAAUCGAUCGACCCGCAAUAUGGCAGCUACUGAAAAAAUGCCCCCAGAAUCGAGUGCGGCGGUCGAUGCGACAAAGUCAUCAUCGAGUCAUCGACGAAGGAGGCGACAUCAUACUUCGGAAGACGGUGCAGGACAUCAUUCACGAUCGAAGACAAAUGAAAGAGAAGAGAAAUCUAGAAGCGAUUUUGUUUAUGCCGCCACGAGAGAAAGUGAUAGUAAAACCAAGCCACAUGGAGUAACUACAACGGAAAGAAGACGCCGGGAAGAAGAGGAUGACUCUAGUGACGAAUCUGAAGACGAGGACAAAUCUCCAUUAGAAUCCAUGGACUCAAAAUCGAGGAAAAAGACCAAGGAUGUGGUUAGGGAGCAGCCGAAAAGGUCAAAUUCAACUAGUAGUAGGAUGAAGAAAGAGGAUAAGGACAAAAUUUCUACAAAGGGCUCAACAGACAUGGGAACAUCAGCAUCAAAAAGUGCAUCGCGCAAACCUAAAGUCACUACCGGUGAUUCCGUCUCACGCCCUCCACUUUCGAGGUAUGUACUUUGGCUUUGCGCAUCUCAUACUACGACGUUGGGCUAAUUUAAUUUGUAGGAGCGCGACGACUUGGAUUACCGCAGAACCUCGGCCGGCACUGAGGAGAAAUAGUAUGACGGAUAAGCCAAAAGCACCUCCAUCUGUAGCGAAUACAACCACCUCACAUACUUCACAACGCCGCAGUAGCUUUCUAGGAAGUUUCUUCUCAUCUGGGCCUCCACCCCCUCCUCCACCACCUCCUGAACCGGAAAAGCUGUAAGUUAUUAAGACAAAUCAUGCGCAAAUAACACAUAAUAACCAUCACAGUGUCGAAUGCCUAACAUGUCUAUCCGAUGAUAUUCCAAAAUCCAAAUGUGCCAAAUUACGAUGUGGUCAUCGAAUGUGCCAUUCCUGCCUAAGACGAAUAUUUAAACUCUCAGUUAAAGAUCCGGCACAUAUGCCACCGAAGUGUUGUACAGCCGACCAUAUUCCAUUGAAACAUGUCGAAAAAUUAUUUGACAUCCCGUUCAAGAAACUUUGGAAUAAGAAAUAUCACGAAUAUACUACGAAGAAUCGAAUAUACUGUCCAGCGAAACGAUGCGGAGAAUGGAUCAAGCCCGAGAAUAUUCACAAGGAAAAUGGAAAGAAAUAUGGGAUUUGUGGGAGAUGUAAGACGAAAGUCUGCGCAUUGUGUAAUGGGAAAUGGCAUGGAUCGAAAGAGUGCCCGAAAGAUGAGGAAACAAAUAAAUUACUUGAGACUGCGAAACAAGCUGGAUGGCAACGAUGUUAUAGUUGUAGGACUAUGGUUGAGUUGAAGGAAGGGUGUAACCAUAUGACUUGGUAAGUGAAGGAUUUUCACUGGGCUAGAAUGGCCAGCAGCUAACAUAUUGUCUUGAAGUCAUUGCACUGCGCAAUUUUGUAUGAUCUGCGGAUUGAAAUGGAAGUCAUGCAAUUGUCCAUGGUUUAACUACGAAGCCAUUGAAACCGAUCAGUUAAAUGACAUGCAAAUUCCUCAACCCGUUGCCAGGAACCCGACACCACCUGUGCGAGGCGCUCGAGAUAGGGCAAGAAGACAAACACCUGUCAACUUCGACGAAGAGAUCAAUCAAAGGCGACGCCAAGAGCGCGAAGAUGAAAGACUAGCUCGACAGCUACAAAAUUGGGGCUUUGAGGAUACGCCGAGAAAUGACCGGAAUGCAGAUUAUAAUGGUGGGAUAGGCGAUGUUGAAGGGUUCGGCAAUGGAGCAAACCAUUUCAUGAAUCAAGAUUAUAUCCGCGAAGCUAGCAAUGUUCUAGCCCAGCCUGGUGGGGUAAUGAAUUUCGGGUUUGGAGUUACCAAUUUUCUUACCGGGGUUUUGAGACCACGAGGGGCGAACGCGGCAAAUCCAACCGUGGGUGAAAUGGGCGCAGUUCCUCCAAUGGCUUCUAUGAACGAGCCUCAACCUGCUGUACCAGGUCUUAUAAGAAGACACACCACUCGAGAUGCUACAAGAGCUAAUGUUCCUACACGAAGAGCAUCGGAUAUUGUGGUGCCACGGAGAACGAGGACUGAUUAUGCAGUCGAAGCAGCUAUUCAUGCGCCGGAUUCGAGGAGUCCUAGUUCUACAUCCAAAGCGAAGAAGGAGAAGGAGAAGAAGACGAAGUCAUCAAUACUUGCUGGGCUUGGGAGUGGAAAGAACAGAGUGGAUGCAUGGAGGAGUUAUGUUGCACCUGGAGCUCCACCUGCAGAACCGGUAUCUUGAUUUGGUUCUUAUAUCACUCAUGGAUGAGGAUCGUUUAUGUUCAACAGACGAAUGACUGGCUAUGAAUGAGGUUUUAUGGUUGAAGAAGAAGCUUUUCAUGCAAAUUUGGCGUGGACAACACAACAUCCACUAUCUACAGGAGGUAUGAAUGAGGAAAAGGCGGCUUUUGGAUACGGUGGAAUGGAGGUACGGUAGAUAUGGCUAAGGCUAUAGCUAUGUCGUUUAUCUGGAGCAAUAACUUGGAUCAAUACCCGGCCGGUGGAUUUAGGAGUUCAACAAUGUCCUUGGAUGACUAUAUAACGAUAUAUGAUCUAUACCAAUUUACGAAUAAUUUUCUUUCCGCCAGAGGGUGAACUUGAUUUAAUUUAUAUAGAACAAAAAGCAACAAGUUA